AGCCGACGACUAAUCAUUAUUUCAUGUGAGUUUCAAACUGUGCACUGUGUUUUUGGUGGAAAUAACUUAUUUUGAGGAUUAUUCAAAGAUUCAAUGAUAAAUAAAUAAAGUCAGCAUGUACAAUUUAAAUGUUAAUGUAAAUCCUAGUCCAACGGCUGCUGCGGGUCUUCUUGGAGUCACAGCGGCCGAGGUAACACCGCGUACACCUGAAAUUGUAAAUUCAUUGAUUGCUAUGACAAAUCCCUUCGAUAGUUAUUCUCAUGAACGAAGUCGUGAUAGAGCGGAUUCAACGAGUAGCGGAGGUGAAUUGAGUCCACCUAGUGUUCAACAUACCUGCAGUCAGCUUAUAAAAGAAGGGCUGAAAUUAACACUGCAGACUAAGAGGCGAGCUAAUAAUAGUGGGGAUGAAAGCAAGAAGAAGACCAAAAGAGAGUACGGAAGUGCCGAUGAUGAAGAGGAAGAUGAUUCUAGCAAUAACAAUAGUCGUGUUGGGUUGACGCCUGAAGAUGAGGAGAGACGUAGGAGAAGGAGAGAACGUAAUAAAAUAGCAGCGACCAAGUGUAGAUUAAAAAAACGCGAAAAAACUGUGAUUCUCGUACAAGAAUCCGAGACAUUGGAAUCACAAAAUCAUGAUCUUAAGUCACAAAUACAAGAAUUAGAGACCCAAAGACGGAGACUUGUUGAUAUGUUGAGUGUUCACGGACCCACGUGUCUCAAACAAGGGAAUACAAAUAAUACGGAUAAUACUUCGUAUCAACAACCGUAUAAUAGUGACCCGCUAUUACUGCCAUAUACAGAAAGUUAUUCGACGACAAUAAAUCAACCGCAGGAUUGUAUCACAAUUGAAUAUCCAGUUAAAAUUGAAAAUUAUGAUUCAACACCGCAAAAUUAUUACAGACAAGACAGUCCUUAUGUGCCUACUUCAGAUGCUGGGUGCACUGUUUAGUUUAUCAUAUUAUUUUUUUUAUUUUUAUCAUUACUAUUAUUAUUCUUAUUUUUUUUUUUUUUAAUUAAUUAUUAUUACUACCACUAAUUUGUUCGCGCAUGUUUUCGAUUUAAAAGACAGCGAAAUAAUUUAUUAUUUAUAAUGCAUUCCAUGGACACGUGAAUUCGGAAUGGCUAAAAUUAUUAAUUAUAACAGAAUUUAUUUUACUAAAAUCAAAUUUACAUUUUCAAAAUGUUUUCUAUUUGGUUUUCUGAUGAACGUCAAAAUUAUAAAUGUCAGUUUAUAAAUUCUUAUAUGACACCAGGUACCGUUUUGACCCCAGAACAUUUUCAAAAUUUUUAAUAAAAAUUAUCUAUGAUCAAGUGUCAGGCUUUGUAAAAGUAAAAAGUACACUCCAAAAAUUUUGAAAAUUCUUGGUGAUUUUUUCACGCUAGGGUCAAAAUGUCUGCACCUCACAGGUGUAUAAUUCAGGAGUAAAUACUAUAGAUGUGCAUAAAGUUCAAACUUACGAAUUAUUCGUAAAUAUUAAAAUAAUUUAAAACUUUCCAAAUCAUUAAUAAGUUCGUGAGUUAUUCAAAAAUUUAAAAGUUGUCUUUUGAACUUAGGGUUCAUUCGGAAAUGCUCUAGCUUUAGCUCUCGCUAUAUGGCAACGCUUGGCUAUAGCUAAAUCAUUUCCGAAUGUAUCUUUAAAAUUAUAUUUUUUAAAAUAAUUAAAACUUUAGUCAGAGGUAAAUAGAGCUCAGACACGAAUCUAAAAAUUAUUUUUGGUUACUUAAAAAACUAAGCUCUUCAUUAAAUGAAAAUUAAAUAUUUGAAUUCUGAUCAGAAUUUUUUACAUUCGAAUCAAAUACUUCGAAAAGUUACAAACAAUUCAAAGAUUUUCGAAUUAUUCGAAAGUUCUAAUUUCAAAUCGACUAGAACUAGAAUCUAUAGAUUCUAACACGAUUGGCACGACCUUAAUAAAUACUGUUGUCAAAAAAAAAGUAAUAAUUAAAAUUAAAUUCUCUUAUCGACCACUAAUAAGUUCUUCACUAAUUAAUGUAUUAUUUAUUUAUUAUUAUUAUUAUUAUUUUUUUAAUUAAAGACAUUCCUGCGUAUCAGUGCUACUGUGACAUUCUAUUAUAUAUAUAUUGGCUAAAAAAAAUACCAUUUAAUAGAGUAAAUUAAUAAUAUGAAUAACAUGAAUCAAAAAUAUAUAAAUAUGAGCCAGUAAAAACUUGAGCUAGUGCCGGUUCACUGCUCAACAUCUCAAUCUUCAUACAGAACUAAUAUAAUCAAUAGUUAACUAAGACUCGUUUUUUCUUUUUUUAAUUUGUCUUCCGUUCAUAUUAAGAUUUAAAUAAACAUAUAAAUAUAAUUUAAAACAUAGUAUGUUAAAAGAAAAAAAAAGUAAUAAAAAUAACACGAAAAACGAUACUUAUAAUAAAAUCGAAUAUAGAGAUAUUUAAUAUUAAUAAUAACAAAUUAAUAUUAUAUAUAUAAUUAAUAUAUAUAAUUAAUACAUAUAAAUAUUUUGUACUAUUAAUAUUAAAAUCGUAUAAAAUUAUAAUUAAUUAUUAAGACAUUUAUAUUUAAAUGAAUUAUAUAUAUAUUAGUAUACAGUAAUAUUUACUAUGACUUACAAAUUAUGACGUAUUAUUUUUGUUGAUAAAAAAAAAAAUAAUUAUAUAUUUGUAUUACCUAACGAUAUACCUCAGUAUAACUUGUAAAUUACUUUAUAAAUCGCUAAUGAAUUUUUACGAUCGGCAUUGCAAUAAUUUGUUUAAUUAUUUUUAUUUACUAUUGUUAGUUUUUUUUUUUUUUUUUUUUUUAAUACUUUUCAUUACACUUUUUUUGAGUAUUAAAUUGGUGCUAUCGUAUGUUUUUUUUAUUGAGAUUGUAGAUAAAAUGAGAAUUAAGUCAAUGAAAGUAAUAAAAAGUCGGUCGUAAAAAAUCAUGGAUACCUGUAAAACGUUUCCAUAAUUAACACAAGUUAAUUAAAUUACCAUGGCAAAUGUAUAGAGAAGCAAGCGACAAAAUAAACUCCUGUAGUCUUGAUAAAAGUUUGUGUCCACUAGAUUUUUUUUUGUACAAGUGUUGACAUAAAAAAUAGACAGCAGGAUGUUAAUAUUUUGAUGCUGAAGUUGGCAGACAAUUAACAAUUUUCGGAUUUUAUUUUUUUAAAUUUUAUAUAAGAACAUCUGACAGUACCCCCUUACUUUUUUAAAUUAUUUAAUGACUCAAUUAAUGAGCAUAUUAAAAUUUUGAUAGUUAGUUAAAAAAAAAACAAAGCAUUCAUUGAACAAAAGACAACGCAGUCAAAAUUUUGACUAGAGUGAUUUCUGUCAGUAAUUUUUUUAAAAAUCUAUACCUUGGUAAAAUAUUAACUGCAUUGUUUUUUUUUUUUUUUUUCAAUUAAUGUUUUAUUUUUUUUUUAAAUGACAGUUUGUCAUUUUCAAAUUUUUAAAAAGUGGGGGGUCACUUUCUUCAAGCGCCUUUCAAAAAAAAAAAAUAUGCACAUGCAGAAAAUUAAAAAAACUAUAGGUGCAAUUUAUUGAAAUAUUAUUUUUUUAAUUGUUUAGACAAAAUCCUAAAAUUAUUAGACGUCGGCUAAUUUCUGCAUCAUUUAAUAUUAGUUACUUUAUUAUUGUUAUUGAAUUAAUAUGCACGUAAGACAAUUAUUUGGCUGUUUGUAAAAACUAAAUUUAAAUAAACGUGCGAUGUGAGCAUUGAUAAAUCAAACAAUUUAAAUGAUGCCUCUAUUUUGUAGCUUUACGUCUACCAUUAGAAUAAUUUUGUUUGCAUUGAGCCAUUAAAUAUGCUCUUAUUAAUCAAAUAUUAAUACCACUCAAUAGUUUAUAUUUUAUAAUUAUAUGAAUAUAUAUAUAUAUAUUUUUUUUAUAAUAAAAUUCAAUUGAUAACUGCCAAGUAUUUUUUUAAAUUUAUUUAAAUCCAUUUCUUAAACUUCUAUUAAAAAAAUUAUCACUUGGGUAAUUAAUUAUUGAUUAAUUAAAGCAUAUUAAUUAUUGAUGUAGUUCUUUAAGCUUUUACGUAACGUUGAUAUGUAAAAUAUAUAUUUGUGAUUAGUGAAGAAAAGUUUUUAUUUAAAUAAAAGUGCCUUAUAUUUUAUAAUUAUCAUUAUAAAGAAAAUAAAUUAUAUUAUAUAUUUUUUAUAUUUUAUUUAAAAAAAAAAAUGAUGAAAAUUAAUUAUUACACGCACUCAUUACUCUCGUACUUUACAAUUAAAUUUAAAUUAUAAGAUGAGUUAAUUCCAGUGACAUAAAUACAAGUGAUUUUUUUUUUUUU